UUCAACCGUCUUUAAAGCACAGGAUUAGAACAAAAGGCUGCCGCUUAAGAUUCAAAACGGGAUUUCUCUUUUAAAAGCAUUUUUUGAACUGAUUUCACUUUGUAGCAUGUAGUGUUGUACAAUGGCUGCUAUUCUCCGCCCACCUGCCGUGCGUCUCUCUUUGCAAGCUGGAAUGAAGUCACCUCCUUCCUCUCGUUGACACUCUUGCUGGCAGACCUACACAGCUGCAUAUUCAGCUGAAGAGUCUCUAUGGUUCUCAAGCUUUAAAGGAGGUUGUUGUCGAUCAUUGCAGGAAAGCUUCAUACCUGGAAUUAUUUCCUGAUGCAACCAAGUCAUCAUUCUUGAACACUGGAGAAAAGGUGAAAACGCCACCGAAAACCGUGGUGAAAUCUCCAAUACGAACUGACUAGCCGGUUACCAAAACUGUACCUUUGCGAUUUUAGCUUGUUCAUAACCGGGCGAACUUCGCUUUCUCAGUUUCGCACACACUAUUCUGUGGAUUGACGGACAACUGGACGUUCCCACACUUGAAUAUAGAAUCUAGAUUCUGUGUCACUGAAGGGACUUUUUGUCGUGGGACUUUAAAUCAUGAGUGAAUUCUGGUUGUGUUUUAAUUGCUGUAUUGCGGAACAGCCUCAACCGAAAAGACGACGGCGGAUUGAUCGAAGCAUGAUAGGGGAGCCAACUAAUUUUGUUCACACGGCCCAUGUAGGAUCAGGGGAUGUCUUUAAUAGUGGAAUGAACUCUGUGAGCUCAAUUCAGAACCAAAUGCAGUCUAAGGGCGGUUAUGUAGGUCCGCUUCUACCAGUUAAUGUUCAGACGCAGCUCGUGGAUACAAAGGCUGGAUAACAUUGAAAUAAAACCUGUGAUUCUUCUGAGUUCAUAUGUUUUCUACACUCAUCUUCCUUUUAACUCUUUGGUGACUGUUUCUCCGAGUUCUUCAUGAUGAGAAAGGCCUAACAACAACCCAUCACUCGUUUCUGUGGCUGUUCGGUUGAAGACUUAUGUUUUGCUCUGAAGAUGUCAUUAACUGGGCUAGUCCUACACUGCCCCUCAGUGACUUGCAUGGAUUUGGCCUAUGCUGAAGUUACAGGCAUGGCUCAUCAUACUUUUUUUAAAAGGAACACAAAUGGAAUUUUGGCAUGUUCUUCUCUACAAGGUCUACUGGUGCAGAGCAAAGAAAUAUCAUGUAUUCUUGAAUUUGUUUAUCAUUCUCCAUUCAUGCAGCAGUUCUUUUUUCUUUUGUUUUGUUGCCUUUUUUAUUUGUUUGUAAUUUCAGUCUGUUGUUAAGGAUGUCUGAAGGUCUGGUACCUGAAAGUACAAUAACAUAAUUGCACUCACUGUAAGAGAGUCAGCAUGGUAGAUGACUGCAUGUAAUGUAGAUCAGUCCAGUGGCACAUUGAUGCCAAAGUAUUUGCUGCAGCAGAAUAAUAAUACUGUUGCUGACACAUUUCUAGCCAGAAUGCCAGUUUUGCCAAAUGCCUGCUUCUUUCCUUCACAAUUGUCAUUCCUCAUAUGCGAGAUGUCUGUGUACUUUUACAUUUAUUCAUUUUAUGAAAUUCUUCAUGAAAUUAACCGACAACUUGAACUGGCAAUUUUCUCUGAUAACCUGUGGCAGAUGUGCAAUUCAGCAUACCUCUGUCUUAUAUAUAAACCGAUUUUAAACCAGGCCAGUCACACUGAUAAUACAGUGAUGUGCUAGUGCUUCAUAUAUCCCCCUAUGUUUGUACUGCAACUGUUGACAUAGAGAAUAAAUGCCUGAAUUCUUAAUUUCCAAACCUGCUAGCACCUCAGAGUGAAAUAUGUAUCGAUUUCUGUACAGUUUUGUUGACCUUUCUCUGCCAUUCUUUAGUGAAUAUCAGACUUUUUUUUAAAGAAGGCAAUACCUUUGUCUGGUGUAUGGAGGAAGAGGGGUUGGGUGGGGUAUGGAGGAGUGCAAAUUGCCUUUGGUAAUAUUGUGAAUUGUUUGAACAAACUCCAGAGAACAUUCUGUUUAACAGGGUGGCUUGCACUCUCCAACAUAAGAAAGUGAAUAUCUUGCUCAGGAUUACAAUAGCAUCUUUUUCUCCCAUUCUGCUCACAUAUGAUAUCCUAAUGUUGCACUGUUUUAUAAUAAUGUUAAUUGUGCAUGAUUUGGUGACUUUUAAAAAUCAAUUUUCUUUUCAGUAUGCAAAACAUUGGCUUGACUCAAGAACAUACUCUGUGAAGUCUAACUCUAGGGAUAUUUUAUGGAGUUUUAGAUAUAGUGUUUCAGUGCAAAAUCAUCAGAACCCAGAAUAAUUUGAUAAGUUUGGACUUUCAGUAAUCUAUGAUGCAUUUUUGUAAAGGAUAGGGAAACAUUAAAGAGCAGUGCAGUACAAAUUAUGCCAGAAUGUCUGACACCAAGAUAUAAAAGUCGUUUUGAAAUAGGAUUUGGGUGGAAUAAUAAUUACUUGAAUGAAUUAGCUGGAAACUGUGGCUUGCUUGCCUUUGGGAUACAUGGUUAAGACUGAUCUGAAUGCAUCCCAGCAUCCCAGUGCUGGUCCUAUAAGCUGUAUGUAGUCAAUGUCAUGAAAAGGGAUGUGCAAGUUGUCAUCCCUUAGUGCUGCAAUAGCAAGCCAUUAAUUGAAAUAUAAUUUAUCAUUCAUAUGCAGACAAAUCAUUUUGUCAGCUACUUAACUGAAAGGUUGUUUUAGCAUAUUUUUAUAAUGCAUACAGUUUUGUACAUGUUCUUCAUUCCAGAGUGACUUUGGUUUAGUCCAUUCAAGCUUAUAGUUUCAA